AUGCAAAUGCCACACUUUUCAUUCCGACAAGGCGGACGCCUGUGUUUUUUCAGUAAUAGGAAGUUUGUUGGUAAUCUUUAAAUGUUCAAGAUGCUAAUGCAGUUAUAAAAUAAACGUUAAAAGUAGUUUUACAUUUUGUGAAUGUCAAGAAAUAAGCAUUAUAAAAAGCUGUAUCGUUUUUAUUACAAUUAUUUCUUCGAUGCCCGGGUGGCGAAGCUUUGAGAAAAGUGAUAAAACAAAGACAGUGGCUGUUUGGUGAUUGUCACUCGAAGAAGUGAGAUCGUUCGGAAUAUCUAUUGAUUUUAGAAGAUGAGAAAAACGCGGCAAGCCGCAGAAUUUUCAGAACUCAAGGAUCUGGUACACCAACUUCGCAUAUCUGAUUUGCAACAGUUGCUUGGGGAACAUAACAUCAGUCGAAGUGGUCGAAGAAGUGAACUUAUCGAACGAGUACUGAUACUGGUCCGACAAAAUAUUUCUGUGUUAAAAUAUAAAGUACGAGAUCUUCACAAGAAAGCUCAAGAGGAAGUCGAAGCAUUAGCAAAAGAAGUUGAUAUCCCUAGUGCAUUAAAACCUCCAGUAGUAAAUCCUCUGUUUACCUCAACACCGUUGACGAACAACCCAAUCUUAAGCACUCCAGUGCAAGUUGUUUCACGCGCAACUUCCAGUAUGUAUCAGCAACAAUACGCCAACGCUGUGCAAAAUGACAAUCGCGGAGGACAAGUACAUGCUAACGGUAUCGUACCAAUUCCUUACCCGGAGACGACACCAAAUCCAGGUUACCCUAUACAUCCGGAUGUAAAAUUGAAGAAGUUGGCAUUUUUUGAUGUACUAGCAACAUUAUUGAAGCCAGCGACACUCGUACCAAGUAACACAACACAGCGAGUUCAAGAAGGUUCCUUCUUUUUUCACUUGACUCCCCAGCAAGCAACUGAUAUAGCAACCAACAGGGAUAUUCGGAAUGCUAAUAAAAUUGAACACACAAUUCAAGUUCAACUGCGGUUUUGUUUAUUAGAAACAUCGUGUGAGCAGGAAGACUACUUUCCUCCAAAUAUUGCAGUUAAAGUGAACAACAAGUUAUGUCCGCUUCCGAACCCCAUACCAACUAAUAAACCUGGAGUGGAGCCGAAACGUCCUCCACGUCCAGUUAAUAUAACGCCAAAUGUAAAACUCUCCCCUCUUGUUGCGAACCAUAUUGCAGUAUCUUGGUGCACGGAAUAUAAUCGAGGCUAUGCUGCUGCGUGCUAUCUAGUACGCAAAUUAACUUCCACUCAGUUGUUGCAGCGCAUGAAGACCAAAGGCGUAAAACCAGCAGACUACACGAGAGGGUUGAUAAAAGAAAAACUAAAUGAAGACGCUGACUGCGAAAUUGCCACAACGAUGUUGAAAGUUUCUCUUAUUUGUCCUCUUGGUAAAAUGAGAAUGGCAACUCCGUGUAGGUCCUCCACAUGCUCACAUCUACAAUGUUUCGAUGCGUCACUUUAUUUGCAAAUGAAUGAACGCAAACCCACUUGGAACUGUCCAGUAUGUGAUAAGGCUGCCGUAUACGACAACCUUGUUAUUGAUGGCUACUUCCAGGAAGUUCUUGCUUCAAACAAAUUAUCUUGCGAUGACAAUGAAAUACAACUCCACAAAGAUGGGUCAUGGAGUACACACGUGAAAACGAAUGAUACGUGUACUCUUGAUACUCCAAGUAAACCUGUGCAAAAAGUUGAAGUCAUUUCAGAUGACGUUGAACUCAUAUCGAACGAUCCUCCGAAGUCAAGCAUCAGCCAGACCAGUGUGAUAUCGAGUAGUGAACCAUCCUCUACAACUGCAACUACUAACGAAACUGUCGAUUUAACAUUGAGUGAUUCUGAUGAUGAAGAUCUGCCCUUGAAACGUAAAACAGUGACACGCUCUGCGGCUCAAGGUAACGUGAGUGGGAGUGCCACUAUUACUACAAUCACUAGUACUUCAAGCACAGCUGCCACUUCUGUCGCUACGUUAGUUUCAAAGCCAAAAAUCAAUGAAGAAGUCGUCGAGAGUGAGAACAUUGUUAUCAAUGAAGAGCGAAUGGAUAGUGAAACCAAUUAAGACAUAAGACUAAGGAUGAAAAUACUGUUAAUAAUCAUUAUACUUUUUUACAUCCAAAUAUCGAAUCGAAUAAACAAGACAUUUUGUUUUUGUCUCAGAGCACUUUCACCCUUUUGCUCUGUUUUAGUUUAGAAAUGAUACGAAAUUGAUUAUUCUGUUUGAAAGAUAUUGUAGCAAUAGCGAUUCAGGAUUUUACUUUGUUUAUUUGGUUUACAUUUGUCUAUUUGAAUCGCUAAUACAGCAUGCAGAACAUUUUUUUUAGGAAAUCCAUUCGAAAUUUUACCUAACAUACAUGUUUAGUGAAGGAAACGUAAGGGUUAACGCUGAAAAAAUCAAAUUUACGUUGUUUAUUAAGUUCGCUCUAGUUAAGGUUAUUCUGCAACUUUGCUGUGAAGUUCGGUUUAUUAAACUCUACAUAAACAACUUUUACACCGGAAGGUAAACAUAUUGAAUAAAUUUUCAUAUGCACUUGUCAGACUGACGAAAAGAAUUAUGGUGAUAUCAUGUGAUCUUCGUGAUCUUGCUAGUAUCGUAAUAUAUGUAUUAAUGAUUUUAAUAAUCUAGUUAUGCAGCUAUGUCUUUCUUCGCACUAUUCGAUCGUAAAUUUCCAUACAUAAUUGCCCUACUUGUGAAAGGAAUCCCAAGGAACGCAAUUACAAUCAUGCAUAACACGGAAUAGCAAUCAGUUCUCAUUUCUCUUAUUUUUCCCACAUUUGUUAUUCGCAAUGUCUGAGCGGGAAAACAUAGCGUGUUUAUCCUGUAUAUACAUUUCUACGACAUGAGCUUUUAGUAGGAAGUUGUGUUUUUGCUGUGUUUGAGUGUCGAACACCGAUUGUACACAGAGGGUACUUGCGGAGUGCAUUGCUUUAACGGGUCCUUUUUCGUUUUCCUUUUUCUAGUGCAGCUCAAUAGUAUGGUUGUGAUAUAGUGGUAAAUGGUCAAUAUACAACAAUUAUUUACAAACAAAUUAAAACUUCAUUACAAGUAAUGCUACAAUAAAAUAUAGAGUACUGAAAGUGCACGAGUGUGACUUCAACUCUUGAGAAGAACUCCUGUAAUUCUUGAAAGCAGACCUUCUUGAUACUACUGAUAGCUUUGCUCAAAACUAGAUUCGCCGCUCUGAAUAACACCCUGCGUUUAUCUAUGGUUUUCGCAGAGCGAGCUCUUGGCAUCUUUCUCCUAAUCAUUAGCAGCGCGAAGGUCUGCUAUGUCCUCGCAUCAUCAGUGCGCCGGUUUUCAGUUGCCACUUUCCUCGGCAUGGUGAAAUUGCAUGUUCGUGAUAGCACUGCCACCAGCUUAUCCCCUCUUAGGCUCGCUGUAUGCUCCUCCUGUACUAGAGCCGCUCUUAAUACUUCGUGGUCGAAGUUCCUGACCUUCCACGAGAUAGUUUUGGUGGUACUUACCAGCCCUAUUCGUGCUGUUCCACUAGCGAUCUUGAAACGAGCAGCUAGGUGGUCGCUAUGAGUAUAGCCGUCAUUUACCCUCCAAUUCAGGUCACCUACAAUGCUGGAACUGCAGAAUAUUACGUAGAGGAUUGACUCGGCCUCAUUCCGAUGGAAGAUGCUACUUGAGCCGUUGUUUCUUAGCACCACGUCUAGUUUAGCCUCUAGCAAGGUUUGUCGUCUUUGGUUGGUGCGCGGGUUUUCCAAUGCUGUAGUCCAUGCGUUAAAGUCGUGUGUGUGUGUGUCGUGUGUGAGAGAGAGAAAGAAAUAUAUACUCACUUUUCUCCGAGAUGGCUGAACCGAUUUUCACAAACUUAGACUCAAGUUACUAUUAUGAUCGAAAAAUCUACAAUUUCAGAAGUUUGUCUGCAUAAAAGAUGUAAAGAUUAUCUCAUUUUACAAAAAAAGUUUCCUGUAGUACCGGAAAUAGUGAUUGAAUACUUCAAAAUGAAGCAAGCUCAUUUUUUUUCACGACGGCUGAUCCGAUUUGAUUUAAGUCUGACUUCCGGUUCUGGAAUUAAAGGGUGAUGCGUGUUUGAAAUUUCAAGCCGUCGUAUAGUGGGACGAUAAAAAGAGAGAAAAGUUCACCUUCGUUAAACUCAAAAACUGUUACAAUUUGUAGGUCAUGUAAGUUGCUGACCACAUGAUACUUCAGUUAAAUCGGUCUUCGGAAUCCAGUUCCUGAAGUACAGGAAAUAGCGGUUAAAACUCCAAAAUGAAACUCACUUUUCCGCAACGGCGCUCAAUCGAUUUUCUCAAACUUAGACCUACAGUCUUACGUAAGGGACUGUGUUUUUUUUUUUGUAAAUAGUUAAUUAGUUUUAUAUUGAAUACUUCGAAUUAACAAACAAUGAUGAUCACUUUUAAUCUAAUUACGGCAUUGAUAUAUUUUUGUUAAUUUCUUAUUUCUAGUAGGGUAACUGCUCACUUAAUCAUCUCAGUAAUCCCAAAAAAAACCUGAAACCGCGGGCGCAAAAAAUAUACUUACACAGAUCGAGCAAAAAUUUUGCAGUUUCUAUGGCGGAUAGAACUUUUCGUUUUUUUUCAUAAAAUUAUGACCCACCCUAAUAUACACACUGUUUGCGAUGCUCGAUUUCCUACACGGGGUAAAGAAAACCAACACCGAAGCUCGGUUUUGAAAACAUAACCGAGUUUACAUGAGCACGAUAAUUCAACAGUAUUUAAGAAACCCGAAUCACGAUGCAGAUACGAAUGUCUGUCUCUCGAAAUGAUAUUGGUUGAACACGGUGGUAAAGUUGAGACAAAUCAUAGCAAUUUACCCCGGUGAUGUAGUGAUACCAAUGAAAACUGCUAAUAAUAUUUACGUACAUGCUAUGACAAAAAUUUAUUUAAAGCAUGCUUAUUUAUGCAGCUUAUUUAAAAAUAUACUGUUUAGCUUGAAUUGCAUAUACAAGGAAUAUAGCAAGUAAGCCAACCAACUGGAAUUAAAACAGAAUCUAUAUCUAUUCAGAAAUGGAUAUUUUUUUCAAAGAAUUUGUUACUAGUGAGUUAUCCUUAAAUACUUAAUUUAUAUUCCUUAAUUCCUUAAAACUAAUCAGUAAAUUCUUCUAACAUGCAGUUUUUUAUCGAACUUGGAUGUAAAUAAAUAGCUUUUUUAAUUCGGUUGGAUUUUAUCCGGACCAGACAUCUAGUUUUGAAAAUACACAGUGACACAAAAAGUACGACAUUUCCAUAACAGUUUUGAAAGCUAUUUGUACCUGUAGGGCUAUUUGAUGGUCGUAAAUGGUCAUGUCCUAGUUCCGGUUCUGGAUACAAUUAGUAAAAAUCUCCGAUAUGAAAUUUGAAUCGAUUUCUCAUGAAAUGUUGAUAUCUAAAUGAGAAAAGCAUCAUUACACUACUAGGUGGGUUGAAACAGGGUUUGAGAGUGCGAGUCAAUUUACACUUCUUACAAGGUUGGAAGUUGGACACAGUCGGAGACAUAAAAGACUAUAAUAGAAAGCAGCACAAAGACCGAAACGGAUACAACACAAAAUUAUCCGAAGUUUCAUUAACGAAGACAUUGAAAACACAGAAGGAGUAGGAUGAUAAAAUACCGAUACGAUACAGACGCACGACCCAAUGAUUGACUGGUUACCGGGUAAAGCACAUUUACUGCCCAAGUGAAAAAUUCUCUGGCAAACUUUCAAUAAAAGAUACUUGUAUCUUUCGUUGCAAAUGGGUUACCGUGAAGGAAUAUGUCGCUUGGGUUACAUGCUGGAGGAGUUCCUCCUUCGUUAGCAGUGUUCAUUUGGGAACCAAAGACUAGUUCGUCCGAUAUGGAAAGUGUGGAGCCUUGUAACUCCUACCCUCGGCCGAAGCAGCCCACAAAGUUAUUUGAGGUUGAUUUUUGGGUUCUUAAAAGAACCGAAUUGUUGAUUUUUUUAACGCUGAACAUGUUCAAAUGAAUUCUUCAUGAAUGCAAAGCUUCUGUUACUAAAUAUUGAAGAAAAUAAUUUUCACAAUAAUUCGGCUUGAAAUCGGGCAAUACGCAAGUUACACACAGGGUAAAUCUGAUCAAUACCAUCACCCCUAUUCUGUAUUUCAAUUGAAUUGGAAUAUACAGAAUAGGGGUGUAUUGCUGGUUUCGUGCAAUAUUCUGUUUGAGGAUAUUCGCUAGUGCGACAGCCUUUUUAAUGCUAUUUCAGGUAAUUUGUUUUGAGAAACCAUUGAAACUAAAUCAUUAGUAUAUUUUUUUUUAAAACAAUCUUUGGAAAUUUUUUGAAGUCAAUUCGUGAAUUAUUUCCGGAGGAUUACACCGAUCAACAGAAACAUAAGUAAAAAAAGGUGAUUAUUUGAAAUAAAAAAAAAUCAAAAACUUUAGAGAAAAAAGUUCAAUCUAGUAAGUACUAAAAAAUUAACGAAACAAUUUUGAUUCUUUUAGUUAAACUUGUAUAUGCGCUAAAGUUGUAUAUGCGCUAAAGAUUAGGUGUAUAAUUGAGUAGAAACAAUCAAAUGGAUGUCAUGGCAGCAGUUUUAAAAAAUCCUACGCGUGUAACUUCAAAUCGUGUAAAAUGUUUUUCCCACCCGUAUACAUGUUUUAGACGUGAUUUUAUGAAAAAUAAAUUAAGAAUCUGACGUACUAGAUAACCCCGUAAAGUGCCCAGUUAAUUUUACUCUUUUACAAAUGAAGGCAGAGCGAACAUGUGCAAAAACGUAACUGAAGUAAAUAAGUUUCAAUCUCGAUCUAUUGUUUCACUAGUGAUUCUAUUAUUUCAAAGAUAAUAUCGCAGUUAGUUCUUUGGGAUAAAUUUACUGGUGCUGAGAAGAACCUAUUGAGGUUGUAGUGGAAAAUGAAUGUGAAGGAUCACUAGAAUAUUGAUAAAAAAUGUCUAUUUCAAAAGAAGAAUUUUAUCGUGUUAGUUAUGGAAUUCAAUUGCGAACCGAUCAACAAAAUCGUAAGUUGCGUAUUUCAGAAAGACAUAAUUACAUAAUUAGAAAAUUAAGAUAGAUUUAUUGCUCAUCACUUAAAACGGAAUUUUUCGUGAAACUAUUCGUCGGGUUGUAUACAUAAUCUAGUCCUUCGAUUCGAUUGACAUUAAUUGUAAAUAAUAGAAUUUAACCUAAUUAUAGUUAUGUAAAGAAUUACCUAGUAGCCAAAUGUUAAAUCCCUAAUAUCAAAGAUAUUGCUUGUUCGUUUUUUUCCUAUCAGUAUAAGAUAAAGUUAUGUAUCUGUCUUUUGUUAGUGGUAAAAACUUGUUCGAGCCUGUACUGAAGAAAUAUCAUGACGAAAGAAAAAUUAUACAGAUAUGUAGAAAUCAUUUCAAAUUUAAGAAAUUGUACGUAAACCAGUUUAAAAAUUUGUGUUGGUAUGGAAAUAAUAUUCAAAUUAGAAUCUA